UUUGAAUUUCUGUCCAUAGAAUGACAAUGGAGACUGCCGAGUUUCUCAGGGGUAAAACCAUUCUCAUAGUUGGCGCCACUGGUUUUCUGGGCAAAGUUUUUGUGGAGAAAAUCCUGCGAGUGCAACCAGAUGUGAAGUGUAUUUAUACACUUAUAAGGUCUACAAAUGAGGAAUCUGCUCGAGCCAAACUACAGAAAGAGGUGAUAUCCAAACAGUUGUUUGGGCUUCUGCGGGAGCAUUACAAGGGAGAAAGGUAUCAGGAAUUCAUGGCAAGGAAACUUGUUCCUGUUGUUGGAGACGUGGCACUCAAUGAUCUCGGAAUCAAGGAGAGCAUAAGGGACGAACUCUUUGGAAAGGUAGAAAUUGUUGUCAAUUCUGCUGCCACUACGAACUUUUAUGAGAGGUACGAUAUUUCCAUGAAAGUCAAUGCAUUGGGAAGUAAGAAUGUCAUCGACUUUUGUAAACAAUGCCGCAACCUUCAUCUUCUCUGCCAUAUCUCAACCGCUUAUGUAAAUGUUGGGAGCAUGGGCGUGGUAAGAGAAGAAGUCGUAAGGAUGGGAGAAAAGGUUUCCUACAGCGGUGGAGAAAUAUCUCUCCCUCAGAUAGAGUCCGAAUGCAAUUUAAUAGAGCAGACAAUGAAAGAACUCAAGAAUGUUUUAGGUGAGGCAUGGUCGGAUGAAAAGGAGUCCAAAUAUAUGAAGGAAUUCGGGGCAGAAAGGGCGAUGAACUUUGGAUGGCCAAACGCUUAUGUUUUCACAAAAGCAGUUGGAGAGUUGAUGGUGGAUUAUUUCAGGGAAGAUAUACCAACUGUUAUCAUUCGUCCAGCAAUAAUUGAGAGUAGCUUAAAAGAGCCAAUCCCAGGAUGGAUGGAAGGCAACAGGAUGAUUGACCCUGUGAUGAUUGGAUAUGGAAAGGGACGAAUCUCAUGCUUCCUUGCUGAUCCUCAACUAGUGCUGGAUGUUAUUCCAGUGGACAUGGUUGCUAAUUGCAUGAUAGCAUCGAUAGCGAGGCACGCAUCACAGCCGGGUCUAUCUGUCUAUCACGUAGCUUCCUCAAAUGUAAACCCAGUGAAGUACAGUGUGGCUGCCGAUGCUGUGUAUAACUACUUUUCAGCACAUCCGUGCACAUCAAAGAAUGGGAGCAUCGUGAGAGUGAACAAACUACGCUCUCUAGAAAGCAUGGCCACCUUCAAACUUUACAUGACUCUCUAUUACCUAAUACCUCUCCAGAUACUUUAUGUUGUGGAUAAGCUUCUACUGGGCUACUUUAGGCUGGAACCGCUCUACAAUAUUCUGCUUCAAAAAUACAGUUUUGCAUUGAAGCUCGCUCAAAUCUACGAACCCUUUCUUUUUUUCAAGGGAGCGUUUGACAUCUCAAACACAGAGGAUUUGUGGAACGAAAUGUCGGAAAGAGAUCAGGAGAAUUUCAACUUUGAUGUUAAGAGCAUAGACUGGAAACACUAUUUCAUGAAAUCUCAUAUUCCUGGACUUGUAAAAUAUGUUAUGUGAGGAUGAGAAUAGGACUUUUGCUUUCUAUUAAUUUUGUUUAUUUUCUAAAUAAAAGGUGGCACACACCUUUCUAUUCAUGUGUCAGCAUGCUAUGUCAUGUUAAUAAAGACAUUAUUGUAAUAAAUUUCAU